AGGAAGCUCAGCCUGGGAGACUCGCUCUGUGGGAAUACCGCGGGGGGAAUGCGAAUGCUGUUUCGGCAAUUUUCGCAGCAGGUUCGCAGAGAAAACAAGGCUCAGUGGCCUGCCGCAACAGUCAACGGACCGGCUGGCUAGGCGAUGAUUUAUACGGUCUUCACACUCUCAGGAACGCUCGACACACACCCCGCGCCAAGAUGAGAUUACGAGCGCGGGUGAUCAAUGCCCCCUUGCUCAGCAAGAUGGCACUCAGCCUCGUCAACUUGACCAAACGCUACGUCCUCCUCUUCACGCCGACGCACAUCCACUUCAUCGUAGGCAAAUCCACGCUCACCUCGACCCUCCAAAUGUUUGGACAAAUAAUGCAGGACCGCAUUUUUGAAGAGUAUCGACUCGAAUCGUCAUUUGGGGAUAAGAUAUAUAUGGAGGUGGCGGGCGAUCUGCUGGUCAGAGCGUUGAGGAGCGCGUUGAGCGCUGUGGAUGUGAAGGUCAAGUUGACAAAAAAGGACGGGUGGCCGAUGUUGGCGUUCUAUAUCACCAAUGCGAGCAAAACCGGCAACCGCGUAUACCUAACCCAAGACGUCCCCGUGCGCAUCCUCCCACAACAAGAAGCGCAAGAACUCGCCGAGCCCGUGGUCGGCGACCAACAAGUGCACAUCCUUCUCCCGCCGAUCCAGGACGUGCGCAAUAUCGCCGAGCGUAUGAAAUCGCUUGGGUCACAUAUCGUCGUGGGCGCAAACAUGAGCGGCGAGUUUGUGCUAAAGAUUAGUGCGGACGGUGCUAAGGUGGAGACGAGUUUCAAGGGGCUUGUUAACCCGGAAUUGAGCCAAGCGGACGGAACUCCAUGUUCGGCUCUGCAAACGGUACCCAGGGAGCGCCACAACUUUGCUGAAGUGCGAGUGGAUAUGCGCGACUUCAUAAAGUUCCUGCAUAGCUCUAUCGUCAACCCCAAACAUGUCGUUUGCUGUAUAGUUGACGGCCAGAGCCUGCUUCUUUACGUAUACCUUGGCAACGGCGUCGAUCAGGAUGAUGGGCAAUUUGUCUACUACGUCCCGGCUCGUGCUUCAUGAUGCACGCGAGAAAGACACGUGUCGGUACUUGAAAUGUGGGACGAAACAUCACGGCGGUAUAGAAUCGCGCUCAGAGAGGACAGAGAUGGGCAGCUUGGGCGAAAGUGGAACGGGGUCGUGGUGUAUAUAGGUCAUAGAGGGCGCGGCUGGGGCUGAUUCAGGUAGACGAAUG